GAGAGAGAGAGAGAGAGAGAGAGAGAGAGAGAGAUCAGAGCAGAGGGGGACAGCCAUGGAGGCUUCGUCGUCGUCGCUGUGGAGCAGCGUCAACUCCGGCAUCGUGCUGAGCCUCCUGGCCGUGGUGUGGACGAUGCUGUGGCAGGGCCUGCAGGGCCUCCAGCUGCAGCACUUCCUCGGCCGCCACUCCCGCCGGCUCUCGCGCCGCCUCGCCGCCGCCCUCGACCCCUACCUCACCGUCACCGUCGCCGAGUACGACGGCGGCCGCAUGCGCCGGAGCGACGCGUACAAGGAGGCCCAGGCGUACCUGCAGCGCGCCACCCGGGAGGCCGGCGGCGGCGUGCGCCACCUCAAGGCCGAGCCCGACAGGGACCCCGACCGCCUCGUGCUCAGCAUGGACGACAACGAGGAGGUCGCCGACGAGUUCCGCGGCGCCACCGUCUGGUGGCUCGCCUACACGGCGCAGCCGCGCGAGGACGCCGGCGGGGCCUCCUACUUCUGGGGCCGCGCCGCCCGCGCCGAGCGGAGGUUCUAUCGCCUCUGCUUCCUAGAGCGCGACCGCGACCUUAUCCUCGGCGAGUACCUCCCCCACGUCCGCCGCGAGGGCCGCGCCGUCAUGGUCAAGAACCGCCAGCGCAAGCUCUUCACCAACAUCUCCGGCGACAGCUGGGACUCCGACGGCUUCUGGUCCGGCGGCAGCUCUUGGAGCCACGUGGUGUUCGAGCACCCCAAGACGUUCGCGACGCUGGCCAUGGACCCGGCGAAGAAGAAGGAGGUCAUGGACGACCUCGACGCGUUCCGGAAGGGGAAGGAGUACUACGCGCGCGUCGGCAAGGCGUGGAAGCGCGGGUACCUGCUCUACGGCCCGCCGGGCACCGGCAAGUCCACCAUGAUCGCCGCCAUGGCCAACUACCUCGACUACGACGUCUACGACAUCGAGCUCACCUCCGUGCGCACCAACACCGACCUCCGCAAGCUCUUCAUCGAGACCACCAGCAAGUCCAUCAUCGUCAUCGAGGACAUCGACUGCUCGCUCGACCUCACCGGCAAGCGCAAGAAGAAGAAGCAGCAGCAGGCGGCGGAGGGCGACGGCGCCGAGAGCAGCGGCAAGGACGGCGGCGACAAGAAGGACGGCGCGGAGAAGGACAAGGAGGAGGAGAAGGAGGGCAAGAGCGCCAGCAAGGUGACGCUCUCCGGCGUGCUCAACUUCAUCGACGGGCUCUGGUCGGCGUGCGGCGGCGAGCGCAUCAUCGUCUUCACCACCAACCACGUCGAGAAGCUGGACCCGGCGCUGAUCCGGCGCGGCCGCAUGGACAAGCACAUCGAGAUGUCCUAUUGCUGCUUUGAGUCCUUCCGGUUCCUCGCCCGGGUGUACCUCGGCGUCGACGCCCACCCGCUGUUCGACGCCGUGGCGGCGCUGCUCCGGGAGGCGGACAUGACCCCCGCCGACGUCGCCGAGAACCUCACGCCCAAGGGCCCCGGCGAGGACGCCGACUCGUGCCUCGCCGCGCUGGUGGAGGCGCUCCACAAGGCCAAGGAGAAGAAGGCGCUCGCGAAGAAGGCCAAGGAGGAGGCGAAGAACAAGGCCACGGGAAAGGCGAAGAAGGAGGCGGCCGCCGACGAGGCCGAUGACGACGACGAGUAGGCCGAUGAUGCUGACCGGAAAGGAUUGAUCGAUCGAGCACGCGCUCUUUUUGUUUUCUAUAUGAUCUUAUUAGCUAAUCUUAUUGGGAUCUUCUGAAAAUAAUACUAACUACUCCUAAUUAAUAUGAUGUGUUUUACCGAGUAGUAUUUCGACGUUCUCCAUUGGUACUCCUUUGAAGCCACUUU